AGACAACGGAAAUAACGUCAUCUUGAAAUUGACCAAUGAUAGGGCGCGCGCGAACUUGAACAUUCGUUUACACCAAUCGCCUUGCUCCUGCUGUAACGGUAGCAUGAGAGCUCGGUAGCCACACGCAGCUUUACUGUUUUCUAGCAUUUUCUACUCAACCGUUUUUGUAAUUUCUUCAGAAGUCAAGACCUACCCAUUUAUAUAGUUUUGAAUAACAGGUUUAUUCUGCGUUUUUAGGAUACAAAGCGGAAGCGAUGACGGGCUCAAAUGAAUAUAAACUGAAUCAGGGGCCAGAGGACAGCAUAUCUGCGGCCAAGUUCAGCCCCAGCACAGCCCAGUUCCUUCUGGUUUCAUCUUGGGAUUGUACCGUUCGUCUCUUUGAUGUUGGAGGCAAUACCAUGAGAAUGAAGUACCAGCACACAGCUCCAGUUCUUGACUGUGCUUUUUAUGAUCCAACACAUUCUUGGAGUGGAGGUCUAGAUGCACAGUUAAAAAUGCAUGAUUUGAACACUGAUCAAGAUACAAUAGUUGGCGCACAUGAUGCCCCAAUUCGUUGUGUGGAGUACUGCCCGGAGGUUAACGUAAUGGUAACAGGCAGCUGGGACAGGUCAGUUCGUCUCUGGGACCCAAGGACGCCCUGCAAUGCUGGCACAUUUACUCAACCUGAAAAGGUGUACACCCUCUCUGUUGCUGGGGACAGGCUGAUUGUUGGAACAGCUGGAAGACGAGUCCUGGUGUGGGAUUUGAGAAAUAUGGGAUAUGUGCAGCAAAGACGGGAGUCCAGUCUCAAGUAUCAAACUCGCUGCAUUAGGGCAUUCCCCAACAAACAGGGCUAUGUUCUGAGUUCAAUUGAAGGACGUGUAGCUGUGGAGUACCUGGACCCGAGCCAGGAGGUUCAGAAGAAGAAGUAUGCAUUCAAGUGCCACCGACUGAAAGAGGAUGGAAUUGAGCAUGUCUAUCCUGUCAAUGCCAUCUCAUUUCACAGUGUUCACAAUACUUUUGCCACAGGUGGUUCAGAUGGCUUCGUGAACAUCUGGGACCCUUUCAACAAGAAGCGCCUCUGUCAGUUCCACCGCUACCCGACCAGCAUUGCCUCUCUGGCUUUCAGCAACGAUGGCACAAUGCUCGCAAUCGCCUCUUCCUACAUGCAAGAAAAGGGAGACAUAAGCCACCCAGAGGACGCCAUCUUUAUUCGCCAAGUCACAGAUGCUGAAACAAAACCAAAGUGAGUCUUGUUCUCCUUCAUUGCCCCUAGGAUUGAAUAGCCUUUUUGCAGCUCUGUGGGGGGAGUUCACCUCAUAAAGGGGCAGAUCCAGCUGCAACACAUUCUGAUCUAUAUCUCCUUUAAUCCUCUUUUCAAUAUCCAACAGCUGAAAGACAGAUGGGAAUUGAAAACUAGUCCCUAUAGAUUUUGUGGCUGUUGUAAGCAUGUAUUCAUUGUAUCAAACAAACAAGUGUGUUGUAGAAUGCAAAGCUGCUCUGUUAUUAUUCGUUUCUGUAUCCACUAUUUGAGGUUUUCAUUUAUCUUUUCACACAUUUUAAUUUUCUGAAUGUAACUUGGGGUGGAUUACUAUAAAGGUGCUGUUGUAUUUCAUCGAAUGCACUUUUUCCUGCAAGCUUUUCUAAGAAUUGUAUCUGUAAGUAAUGAGUUUUUGUGUUAACAAACAGAAAUUCCUGGUAGAAUCAUAGACCUUUACGUCAUCAAAAAAGUUACUUUACUUUGCUCCUGUUAAUGUUUUAAAUGUGCACAGUUUAAUUAUCACUAAAAGUGUCAUUUUUUUUUUGCCAAUUCUUGGUUGCGUGUGAGUAUUUUCAUCCAAUAUCUCAUUACUUAUGUGAAUUGUUUUAGCAAAAAAUAGUAUGUAACCUGUGAAUAAACAGUUUUUUAUGCUAUAAACUUGACGAGUUUUACCCAGACAAUCCUAGAGCCUUUUAAAUAUUCAAAUUGAGCAAAUUUAAACUCUAAAUUAAUAACUUAGAAAGCAUAACUAAAAGUACAAAAAUGAGAAGAUGGGUUGCCUUUUGAUGUUACACCAUGUCUUCAAUUUCAGCUUUAGUAGCUAUAACUAAACUGCUUUUCAAUUGAUCGCCUGUGUUUAACCAUCAAAAAUGUAUAUUUUUGAGAGCUUGAAGAAGUUAGUUUGACUUCCUAACACACCUGAGUUUUUUUGUUACAGCAUUUAGUGCUAAAAUGGUUAAAUGUAACUAAUUCACUCCCUUAUACAGACAAAUACAUCAACAAUCUGACCUAUGGGGCUAAAAGGAAAACUAGUAUUAAAUAGCAUUAUGUAGUAAUUUUUUUUUUUUUUUAAGAACUUUUCUAAAAUUAAAUUAUUUCUCCUUAAAUGUUGCCCAAAUAAAUCCAUUAUCAUAUUCUUGG